CUGUAAUUAAGCAGCUGUUUGAGGAUGGCAAAACACACGCAGAGAUUUCCGCGGCGCUUCAGCAGGCAGGUGUGCCGAGAUGCUCAGUGAUGUCUGUAAGAAGAUUCUGUGCUAGACACCAGCUCAGGCGAAAGGGCCAUGUGUCAGAUGCACAACUGGAAAGUGCAAUCAGGUCAUCAAUUGAUAAGACAGGUCCAUCUUACGGUCGGAAAUUCAUGACGGGAUACCUGUCAUCAGUGGGGGUGAGGGCAGGAGAACCUCGAGUAGGAAGGGUUCUCAGAGAGGUGCACCAGCCUUAUAAUGAGCUGCGUCGCCAGGACAGCAGUUGCCAACAACAGCAUGUGGGACCAAAUUCGAGUGGAUCAUGGCAGGGAGUUCUACUUGAGCCUGUACAUGCAAGAAAAGCUGUCUCAACACAGACAUAACAUCAACAGGCUACCUUAUGUGCAGACAACUUCUUCAAGGAACCUUCGUGUGGAAAGAAUUUGGCCAGAGGUCAAUAAUCGGGUUAACUAUCCCCUAAAACAGGCCCUGGUUCACCUGCUGGAUCAGGAGUUACUUGACAUGCAGGAUAAUGUGACCAAAUUUUGUGUCUCCAACCUGACAUGUCAAGUGAGUCAGAUUGGACUUGGCAGAGUUGUGCAGUCCUGGAAUGCCCACAGAAUACCAGGCAGAGGGAUACCAAACCAACUUGCAGCUGGAGGUUGUCCAGUAAGAAUUCCCCCACAGCUGCUGCCCAGUGCUGCUGAAGCAGCACACAUGUAUGAGCAGGAGUUGGGGUCCUCCCUGACUUGGGCAUCUACCUUUGGCUCUGACCCAUUUUCAUCGGAGGAAGACCGGUAUGGUGCUGAGCAGCUGUUUGGAGAGAGGUUUCCAGAUAUGUCUCUUCUUUUUGGAACAGCUGUUAACAAUGACUAUAGUGUGUUUCAGGAAGCACUGUUCUACCUGAUCGAUGUCACUGAAAGAUAUGCAAGAUGAAUAUACUGUAGGUGGGGAUAUGUCAAACAAGCCAUAUUUGUACAGUAAUUUUGUGGAAAUGUAUUUUGUAUGCUCAAUUGUAAAUGAGUAAAUGAAGAGUUUCUUUAGAACUUUGCAGAACUUUUUCUUUUAAUGUAAAAAACACAAGUAUAAAAUCUUGUAAACCCUGUACUGAGUGUCACAAUAACUUCUAACAUGCUGAAAAAGUGCUUUAAGUUUUAACAUUAUAUACUUACAUAGUUACAUUACAAAACACAGUUCUCUACACAACUGUAGAAACAAACAUUGGUUUCCACCAUAGCAGAAAGACUACUCGAAUAACUUUUUCAGUGGCGCCAGCGCCUCAGAGAGUC